GUCCAACCAGGCAAUUGAGAAGAGAAUCAUUCAAGCCGGGAACGGCGUUCACAGAGAUGCUGCUCUGACGGCUAAACGAGAACAUCCAUCGUUGAGAGAAAAAACGGACGACAAUAAUAACUCCCAUACAGUUAUGGAUAAUAAUGAAUCGUGUCUACAUCUAAAUUCUUCUGUUCAGGUCUCCCACCUGAGCUCCACCCCCUCACAGCCCCUUAGCAUCAUGGUGGGCCCCCCUCACCCUCACCACCACCACCCACAUCACCAUCACCACCCCUCCGUCAUCAGCACCACCGUCAACCCCGGGCGGCCCCACCCAUCCCCCAUAGGCACCCUGGGCUCGCCAUUCAAUGGGCUGGGCGGCUCGCCGUACUCCGUCAUCACGUCGUCCUCUCUGGGCUCGCCAGGUGUCUCCAUGCCCCACACGCCCACCAUAGGCUUCAGCACGCUCUCCAGCCCACAGGUAAACUCUCUGAACAGUGUGAGCAGCAGUGAGGACAUCAAGCCUCCUCCGGGCCUGGCUGGACUGGGUCACAUGAACAGCUACGGCUGCAUGAGCCCAGGGUCCAUGUCCAAACACAUCUGUGCCAUCUGUGGGGACCGAUCCUCAGGGAAACACUAUGCCGUGUACAGCUGUGAAGGCUGUAAAGGCUUCUUCAAAAGAACCAUCAGGAAGGACCUCACUUACACGUGUCGAGACAGCAAGGAGUGCCUGAUCGAUAAGCGCCAACGCAACCGCUGCCAAUACUGUCGCUACCAGAAGUGUCUGGCCAUGGGCAUGAAGAGAGAAGCUGUGCAGGAGGAGCGUCAGCGGGGCCGAGACAAGAGUGAUAACGAGGUGGAGUCAACCAGUAGUUUCAACGGGGACAUGCCGGUCGAGAAGAUAUUGGACGCGGAGUUGGCCAUCGAACCCAAGACUGAAGCUUACAUGGAGGCCAGCACAGGCAACACUACGAACGACCCGGUCACCAACAUCUGCCAGGCAGCAGACAAGCAGCUAUUCACCCUGGUGGAGUGGGCCAAGAGGAUCCCCCACUUCUCUGAGCUGGCCUUGGACGACCAGGUCAUCUUAUUACGAGCAGGCUGGAAUGAGCUGCUCAUCGCCUCGUUCUCCCAUCGCUCUGUGACAGUGAAGGACGGGAUCCUCCUGGCCACGGGCCUCCACGUCCACCGCAGCAGCGCCCACAGCGCAGGAGUGGGCUCCAUCUUUGACAGAGUGCUGACGGAGCUGGUGUCUAAGAUGAAAGACAUGCAGAUGGACAAGACUGAGCUGGGCUGCCUCCGAGCCAUCGUCCUCUUCAACCCAGAUGCCAAGGGCCUGUCUAAUCCUACAGAGGUGGAGGCCCUGAGAGAGAAGGUGUACGCCUCGCUGGAGUCCUACACUAAACAGAGAUACCCAGAGCAGCCUGGCAGAUUUGCCAAGCUGUUGCUGCGUCUGCCUGCACUGCGCUCCAUCGGCCUCAAGUGUCUGGAGCACCUCUUCUUCUUCAAGCUGAUCGGAGAUACGCCCAUAGACACGUUCCUCAUGGAAAUGCUUGAAGCGCCGCACCAGAUCACAUGACACGAGUUGUAUCCAUUGUAAAUACCCCCUGAACCCAAUUCCCAGAUCCCCUACCCUUACCCCAGAGUGCAACUGCUAUGAAAUCAAACUUGAGAGUUCUUAACUUGCAUAUUUUGUACCAACCACAAUUAAUAAUGUGAAAAUAAAACGUUCCUAUUGGUAUUUUAAGAAAAUGCAACACUGUAAAAGGUGAAUUCUAAAGAAGGAUUUUUUUUUUUUUGUAAAUAGAAGAGUAUUAAUUAUCAGAUCUAGCAACAACUGAAUGCAACAUGAAGUCUUAUUUUAUUCAGUGAUGAAUAGUAUGAAAUACAAUGUCACUAGCAUAGAAUGUCUGUGGGAAUAAAAUACAAAAGACGAGUUUGAA